AUGGUGACAGUAGGCAGCGGUAGGGCGGCAGGGUGGCAGCGGCGGGCAACAGCGGGGGGCAGCGGGCAACGGCGGGCAGCAGCGGACAGCGACGACAACGGCGACGGCGGUAGCGGCAUUAGGGCGGCGACGGCGGCGGGCGGCAGCAUUAGCGAUGACAACGGCGACAGCGGCAGCGGCGUUAGGGCGGCGACGGCGGCGGGCGGCAGCGUUAGUGACGACAGGGUGGCAGCGGCGUUAGGGUGGGAACGGCGGCGGGCGGCAGCGUUAGCGACGACAGGGUGGCAGCGGUGGAUUUGGCAGCAUUUCGGCGUUUGUUCGAUGGCAAGCGCGGGGCGCAGCAGGAGCAAGCAGAGGGUGGAGUUGGGCUGGAUCAAAUUAGUUCACGAGCAUCGAGGCACCACUAAAGCAAUCGCAGUUGUGCAUUCGGAAAAUUAUGCCAGAUUAUCUCCAGAUGUAAUGCGUGAUCGAAGCGGCAGGGUUUUUGCGAUUAGGUUGUGUGGGGUGCAUGCCGAGUGUCUUAGGAGGAACGGAUCCCAAGGAGGGCUUUUCUUUGGAAACUCUCUACGUCGAGUGUUGAUUCAGGUGGGAAGAGCAGUCGUUAAUGUGGUUGGCGAUGGAAUUUGCAGGAUUUGGAUUCUGUAUGGAAAUGCGCUAGUGUCAGAAUGUAGUGAUUGGCAGUCACGGAUUAGUGGAUUGCGCAUUGUCUGCGAGCACCUGAGUAUCAGGUUAACCAUGGAGACGCUGAAAGAUUUGUUGGAGGAGGCUAAACGGCGGACAAUUCUGGUGGCAAUUUUGGUGCUCAUUGUUGCUUACGUUAUGUCAUUGACCAGCAGUUCGGUAUGGAUCAAUCUGCCUGUUUCCAUUCUCGUCUUGGCUGCCUUACGCCGUCUUUCUUUCGAGGUCGAAUUUCGCUGGAGGCCUCGAAUAAAUCAGAGUCGACCGCAAUACGCGUUGCAUCAGCACCGCCGUCAGCUGACCAAUUAUGACCCCCUUCUCUCUGGACUUCCGACCCAUGUGGCGGCUACCCGAUGGCGCCGCCAGAUUGACUCACUUGUGGUGGAGAAAGCAGUGGAUGAGCUUACAAGGUGUGUAAUUGAUGAGUUUAUUACUAGUCUCUGGUAUUCUUCCAUUACCCCUGAUCAAGAGGCUCCUGAAGAAUUACGGAUUCUCUUGAAUGGCGUGAUUGCUGAGGUUGCUCAUCGUGCGAAACGUGUGGAUCUGGUCACUCUACUAUCAAGAGAUGUGGUGGAACUGGUCGGGACUCAUUUCGAACUUUAUCGGCAAAUGAAAUCCAAGAUCGGACCUGACAUAAUCGCAUCAUUGUCUAUCGAAGAGAGGGAUGAGAAGUUAAAGUUUGCUAUGAUGACCUCCCGCAAGUUGCACCCAGCUCUUGUUUCAGAUGAAGCUGAAUACAAGGUAUUGAAAAAGCUGACUGGAGGGAUAGUUGCAUUAGUGCUGAAACGACAGGAUUCACACUGUCGUUUGUUAAGGACUUUAGCCCGAGAGCUGCUAGCUUGUGCUGUGCUACGACCUGUCCUUAACUUUGCGACUCCUGGGUAUAUCAAUGAACUUAUCGAAUCUCUAGUAAUUGCUUCAACGGAAAAGGAACGUCAGGGCAGUGAAAAGGCAUCUGGACCCACACAACAGCGCGUCUCUGAUCCCACUUCUCAGAAGAGAACAUCUGUAUCUGGGCAUGAAACAAUUGGACUGAGCCGCUUACCUCGUAGCCCGAAGCAAGUUGUGUCAGAAAUCAACCCCUUGAAGAAAAAGAAAAAACAUGUAAAGGCAAUAGGAGAUGUUGAAGGUUCUACUCAAAGUCAGCCACCAUAUGCUAUAAAGCCUGUGAAAGAGGCAAAAGGAACUGAACAAUUCAUUCCCGACACCAUGAAGGAAGUGGGACCUCCCCCCCCUGGCAGCGGGCCCCAGGCUCUUGACGCAGUGACUCAAAGGCGAGUUCAAGCUCUAGCUCCAGAGCAUCUGGACAAUCUUUGGACCAAAGGUCGAGAUUAUAAAAAGCGAGAAAUUGAAACAAUCACUACGCCUGCGAUGCCCGUACCAGCAGGUAUCAAAGACCCUGCCACUAAUUCACUAGCACCUAUUCCAGUGGAGGUAGACAUUUCCAGUGAGGUACUUUCAGGUCAGGAAAUGUGUAUGAAUGAAGAGCUCAAUUCCAAGGACACAGUUGCCUCUCCCAUACGUAUGGAAGUAGAUGACUACCAUUUAGACGCCUCGGCACUGCCGAUUAAAGAUAAGAACGUCAUUGAGUCGAAUGGAGCACUCUUGUUUGGGGACUCAAAAGAGGGGGAUAAGCUUUUACCUGGGAUAGGCUUCUCUACUUUAGGAACUCCCCAUCCAAAUUUUCAGUCGAUGGGCAACCCAAAUAAUGUUACUGAUGGCAGCAGUCCUAGAGGUCCAGAAUUUGAAAGGCUUGGCACUAAUGAAGAUUUAGAUAGUUCUAGUAGAAUCAGUCAACCGAAAGCGGAAACUAGUGGGCAGUCACCAAGAUCCAGGCACCACUACAGGCCAGGCUUAUCGUCGCAGAGGUUAAGGAAAGCGGUGAAGAUACUGUCUCAUCGUAAGACCAAAAGCAGUGGAGGGAUAUUGGAUGGGUGGAAUGGUCUAGAAGGGGGAUCAUCGCAGGGUCUGACUCCUUUGGUGAAUGCUGAAGACACUUCUCCGGCUAGAAGUUCUGCCUCGGAGUCGUAUGGACGUUGGAGAAGUUCAAGGAAAUCUCCGAUGCCGGAUCCGUCUCGGCCUCCAGUACAUGCUGAUGUUGAUGCCAUAGUGAUGCAAACACCGCUAAGCAUGCUGCAUUGUCGGGUAUUAGUGGCUCAUUUCGAGAAAAUUGGAUCAAGGACCUUUGCUGUAUAUAUAAUCCAGGUGAAAGACACUGAAAAUCGCACCUGGCAAAUUCAAAGAAGGUUUCGAAACUUUGAGCAGUUGCAUAGGCGUUUGAAAGAUAUGCCAUACUAUAAUCUUACCCUACCUCCAAAGAGGUUCCUUUCUUCAAGCCUUGACAGUACUUUUGUCCGCGAGCGCUGCACCCUCCUUGACAAGUACUUGAAAGAUUUGUUAGCCAUCCCAAGUGUUGCUGAGCUACAUGAAGUAUGGGACUUUUUGAGCCUGAAUUCUCAGGUUAAGCUUUUUCCAAAAUCCGAAAAGCGGUAUUUUUUUUGGUUGAAGUGGUUCCACAUCAACGUGGCUGAGUCGUCCAAUUAUGACCAGAAUCGUAACAGACUCUUACACUACACACACGACAAUUCUGUUUCUAUGAUCAAGACAUUAGCCGUGAAUGUGGACGAUGCAGUAGACGACAUGGUUCGCCAGAUUCGUGGAGUAUCAGAUGAUAUCUCUGGGGUGAUCAAAACUGCCACAACGGGGAUACGGCAAAGGCUUCCUACAAGUUGUGCAGAUAUGAGCGACGCAGUUGCUUUUGAAGAUACUCGGGAAUUGACAUAUGGAAAUUUUGCUUCAAGACUUCAUGCUCCUUUGACAACACCCGACCUAACCGAUGGUGAACUUAGUGAAAAACCCACAGGAGCCUCAGUUUCAGGGGAUGAGUAUGGAGGAGCCUUUGGAGCAAACGUGCCUGGGUUGGGAUCGCUUGGGUGGCAAUCAGAUAGUGAUGUUCAUCUAGAUUCUUCGGACACUGAAGCGUUGAAGACGGGGCCACUUCCUUUUUUCUCUGGCUUAGAUAACCGCUUCCUUGGCAGCCGACUGGAGGGGACGUUUUCAGAUGGGCACUCACCCGUUGAAUCCUACGCUUCUGAAACAGUUGCAGACGAUCUGGUUAUUCCUCAAGAGUGGUAUCCACCGAAAGUGAGUGUGCCGCUUCUCAACUUGGUGGAUCUUAUUUUCCAGCUCCAAGGCCGGGGUUGGAUCAGGAGACAGGUAUUGUGGAUAGCGAAGCAAAUUCUGCAGCUUGGAAUGGGUGAUGCUAUUGACGACUGGCUGCUGGGGAGGAUCCAGUGGUUGCGCCGAGAAGAGGUGGUAGCAUCAGGGAUUCAGUGGGUGAGAGAGAUAUUAUGGCCAGACGGUAUUUUUGUCACAAAGCACCCCAGAAACCUGCCGGCAGCAAGUGCUGCAAUACUGGAAAGCACAGGGCAUGAGGUGGUAGAAGCAGGCUACGAAUGGCAGCAACGCCCCCCCACCAACUGUUUUGAAUACCGACUCGAGGCUGCAAGACGGGCUAGCAUUGUGCGCGAGACUAUUCUGGAAAAAGCACCCACCCCUCUUGUGAGCCUUAUUGGCAAGAAGCAGUAUACAAGAUGCGCAAAAGAUAUUUAUUAUUUCUCUCAGUCUACCGUUUGUGUGAAGCAGCUGACUUACGGCCUCUUGGAGAUGCUCCUGGUGCAGACAUUCCCCGAACUUCACGACUUGAUUCUCAACGUCCGCAGCAGUGUCACUUAAACUUUCAUUUUGGGAUGAUCCAUUGCUCUGUACUUCUAAUUUUAGUUCUACAAGAGGUUAAUGAAGUAAACAGAUAGCUCAUGUGGUUCGGCCGAGCUAAUUCAGUGUGGUUUCUCUCAGCUGCAAGAAGCAGUAGUAGUACCAUAAUUAGGCCAUUAGUUCUCUCCCGCAAGGGCUGUAAUUCAUUCAUUCAUUCAUUCAUGAUAUUUUUUUACAAAUUGUCUGCAACCAUA